GUGCUGCGGUUGUGUUAAUUUCUGUGAAGGCAAUAUGAAACUUUUGCUUUUGCUUUCGUUUGUCAUGUGCUUCCUUGUGGCUGCGAUACAGGGUGCUUCCAAUUUGGUUUGCUAUUACGACUCGUCUAGCUACACAAGAGAAGGUUUGGGCAAACUACUGAAUCCCGAUUUGGAAAUCGCUCUACAAUUCUGCACUCAUUUGGUAUACGGCUAUGCGGGCAUUCGUGCUGACAACUAUCAAGUGCAGAGUUUAAAUGAAAAUCUCGAUAUUUACAAGCAUCAGUUCUCGGAAGUGACGGCACUUAAGCACAAGUAUCAGCAUUUGAAGGUGCUGUUAAGUGUGGGCGGGGAUCAUGAUAUCGAUGUCGAGCAUCCAAAUAAGUAUAUUGAACUCUUGGAGGGCGAAAAAGUGCGUCAAACUGCCUUCAUACAAUCGGCAUUUUCAUUGGUGAAAACCUAUGGUUUCGAUGGCUUGGAUUUGGCCUAUCAAUUUCCACGUAACAAGCCGAGGAAAGUUCAUGGUGAACUGGGCAGUGCCUGGAAGAGUGUGAAAAAGUUCUUUACUGGCGAUUUUGUGGUGGAUACUCAAUCAUCUCUGCACAAGGAGCAAUUUACGGCCUUCGUGCGAGGGGUCAAGGAUUCUCUACGCAACGAUGGACUCUUGUUGAGUUUAACUGUCCUUCCCAAUGUCAACUCCACCUGGUAUUUUGAUAUUCCUGCUCUCAAUGGGCUGGUUGAUUUUGUGAAUUUGGCCGCCUUUGAUUUCCUUACACCCGCACGCAAUCCUGAGGAAGCUGAUUUCACUGCCUCCCUCUAUGGAGCCCCCAGUCAGAAUCGUCUGGGACACUACAAUGCCGAUUUCCAGGUUCAACAUUGGCUGCAACAUGGCUUCCCAUCCAGUCGCAUCAACUUGGGUGUUGCCGCCUAUGGCAAUGCCUGGAAACUGACUGCCGACUCCGGUGUGGAAGGUACCCCAGUUGUGGGACACACCGACGGUCCAGCUCCAGCUGGGUCACAGUCUCAAAAGCCCGGUCUACUUAGUUACCCGGAGAUUUGUGGAAAAUUGAAAAAUGCUCAAAAUGAAUUCCUCAAGGGAAAUGAUUCGCCCUUGCAUCGUGUCAGUGAUCCAACCAAGCGGUAUGGCAAUUAUGCCUUCCGUCCCGUUCAAGGAGCUGUAACCGAAGGCAUAUGGGUUAGCUACGAUGAUCCAGAUGCAGCUGCCAAUAAGGCAGCCUAUGUGAAGGCUAAGAAUCUGGGUGGCAUAGCCCUCUUCGAUUUGGCCUACGAUGAUUUCCGUGGUCUGUGCACCAACGAUAAAUAUCCCAUAUUGCGUUCCAUCAAAUAUCGUUUGUAAUUUUGAUGUCUUUUGAUCCGCUUAAUAAAUGUUUUCAGAUGUUAUUUUAA